AUGUCGUGGAACGAGCCUCUCGCGGGCCAUCCCCGCUAUGAGUUUGUCCGCAACCUGGGACGGGGGUCGCAUUCGCUGGUGCAGCUGUGCCGAGACCGCGCCACCGGCGAGGCCGUGGCAGUGAAGCUCAUCCAGCGCGGCUGGGACCCCGGGCAGUCUAAAUAUGUCGAGCGGGAGCUGCUCAACCAUCAGGAGCUCUCGCGCACCCGCCACCCCCACAUUGUUGAGUUUAGGGAGGUCUUCCUGACCUCCAGCCACCUGGCGGUGGUCAUGGAGUACGUGGAAGGGGAGAACCUGCAGCAGUUCCUCGCAAACACGGGCGGCAGGGCGUCCGAGGCGCUGGCGCGCUUCCUGUUCCAGCAGCUCGUGCUGGCCCUCGACUUUUGCCACCGCAAGGGCAAGGUCUCGCGCGACGUCAAGCUGGCCAACACGCUGCUGGCGCUGGCGCAGAACCAGCUGCCGCUGGUGAAGCUCUGCGACUUUGGGUUCUCCAAGGAUACCAUGCUGCACAGCGCCCCCGCGAGCCAGGUCGGCACCGCGCUGUUUGUGGCUCCCGAGGUGAUGCACAACUUCUCCAACCAGCCCUAUGACGGGGCCCUAGCUGAUGUCUGGUCCUGCGGCAUCGUCCUCUUCAUCCUGCUGUUCGGCCGCCACCCCUUCCUGCGGCCAGAAGAUGUGGGGGCGCCGGACCAGCAGCAGAUGCUGACGCUCUUCACCCGCACCGCGCGGGAGGAGUUCUCGAUGCUGCCUCACGAGGCGGGGGCGAUCAGCCCCGAGUGCGCGGACCUGCUGCUGAGGAUGCUGCAGACGCGGCCGGCGCUGAGGCUGACAAUGUCUGCCAUCCAGGUGCACCCCUGGUUCAGGACCGGCCUGCCGGAGGGCGCGGGGGUCAUGAACACGCUCAUACUGCGGGACGACGCCGCCGUCAUCCCCCGCCAGUCGCCGGACGAGAUCAGGCUGCUCGUCAAGCAAGCGUCUCAUUUGGACCCGAUGAUGCUGUCGGGGCGGUUCGGCAACGCGCUGAGUCAGCAGCAGCAGCUCGCGAUGCAGCAGGAGCUGCAGGCGCAGGAGCAGCAGCAGCUCCAGCAGCAGCAGCUCCAGCAGCAGCAGGAGCAGCAGCGGCAGCAGCAGCAGCAGGAGCAGCACCGGCAACAGCAAUUGGGGUACCUAUUCAGCCAGCCGCCGCAGCAACAACCGACGGCGUACGCCGCCGCGUCAGACAGCAGCUCCGCGGCCCAGCUGACUCAGCAGCAGCAAAUCCGGGAGCAGCAGCAGCAGCGGCAGCAGCAGUGGGCGGCCGGGCCGCCGGCGUCGCAGCCCCCGUGGGCGGCGCCCUCGCCGCCCUCGCAGCAGCAGUGGGGCGCCGGCGAGGGCGCGGCGUGCCUGCCGCCUCACCAGCAGCAGCAGUGGGCUGCGCCUUCUCCGACGAGCCACCAGCAGCAAAGUGUGCAGAGCGUGCAGCAGCACCAGCACCAGCAGCAGCAGCAGCAGCAGCAGCAGUUUCAGCAGCAACAGUGGGGCGGCGCGGCCCCGCAGCAGCCGCAGCAGCAGCCGCAGCAGCAGCCGCCGCCCGCCGCCGGCCCGCCCACCGCGCAGCGCGCCCCCACCGCCGGCGAGCUGGCCGUCGCGCGGCUGCGGACCUCCGACCUGGACAGCUUCAUGGGGACGGACGUCCCGAUUGACGCAGCUGUGUAG